AUGACGACGACGCGACGCGCGCGCGCGACGCGCGCGACGGCGGUGGCGCUCUUCGCGUGCGCGGUCGUCGCGCCGGGGGCGUGCGACGCGCGCGCGACGACGCGAGGGACGCGCGCGAGCGUCGAAUUACGGCGCGAAGAGCGCGGAGGAGCGAUGGCGCGCGACGGCGACGCGGUGACGACGCUGCCGGGAUACGGCGCGCCGCCGUCGACGCAGUAUUCUGGAUUUCUCGAUGCGUCGGCGUCGACGCCGGGGACGGCGCUGCACUACUGGUUCGCCGCGAAGCGCGACGGCGACUGGACGCGCGCGCCCACGCUGUUGUGGAUGAACGGAGGCCCGGGAUCGAGCUCAAUUCUCGGAUUUCUGCAAGAACAAGGCCCGCUGUUGGUGAACGCGAGCGGUGGGUUGAUGGAAAAUCCGUUCGCUUGGACGAAGUAUGCGAAUUUGGUGGCGUUGGAGUCGCCCGCGGGGGUGGGAUGGAGCUAUUGCCAAGAGAUGACGGUUGGCGGCGACUGCUCGAACGACGACGUGAGCGCGGCGCGAGACGCGGCGGCGGCGGUGGUGGAUUUCUUCCAUCGAAAAUUUCCAGAGCUACGGUCAAAUAAGUUUUACGUCACCGGUGAGUCGUAUGCGGGGGUGUACGUGCCGACAUUGGCGCGGGAACUGUUGGAUUUCAACGACGCGCAGACGAGCGACGACGCAAAGAUUCCGCUCGCGGGCAUCGCUACGGGGGAUCCGUGCACGGAUAACGAUUCACAGAGGAAUUCAAUGUCUAUGUUGUGGUACGGGCAC